CCGAGGAGGCGGCGAGAGCGGCCGCGUAGCCGCUGGCGGCGGGGCGGGCGCUCGCCCUCCGCCUCGCCCGAGCCCCGCGAGGGUGAAACGCUUUCUCCCGGCAUGCACCGGGAGGAGGGAUUUAACACCAAGAUGGCGGACGGCCCGGAUGAGUACGAGAGCGAAGCGGGCUGUGUGCCCCUUCUCCAUCCCGAGGAAAUCAAACCACAAAGCCAUUACAAUCAUGGUUAUGGUGAACCUCUUGGACGGAAAACUCAUAUCGACGAUUAUAGCACAUGGGACAUAGUCAAGGCUACACAAUAUGGAAUAUAUGAACGCUGCCGAGAAUUGGUGGAAGCAGGAUACGACGUACGGCAACCGGACAAAGAAAAUGUUACCCUUCUCCAUUGGGCUGCCAUCAAUAACAGAAUAGAUUUAGUCAAAUACUAUAUUUCGAAAGGUGCUAUCGUGGAUCAACUUGGAGGAGACCUAAAUUCAACCCCAUUGCACUGGGCCACAAGACAAGGCCAUCUAUCUAUGGUCGUGCAACUAAUGAAAUAUGGUGCAGAUCCUUCAUUAAUUGAUGGAGAAGGAUGUAGCUGCAUUCAUCUGGCUGCUCAGUUUGGACAUACCUCAAUUGUUGCUUAUCUCAUAGCAAAAGGACAGGAUGUAGAUAUGAUGGAUCAGAAUGGAAUGACACCUUUAAUGUGGGCAGCUUAUAGGACACACAGUGUGGAUCCAACUAGAUUGCUUUUAACAUUCAAUGUUUCAGUUAACCUUGGUGACAAGUAUCACAAAAACACUGCUUUGCAUUGGGCAGUACUAGCAGGGAAUACCACAGUCAUUAGUCUACUUCUGGAAGCAGGAGCUAAUGUUGAUGCCCAGAAUAUCAAGGGUGAAUCUGCACUUGAUUUGGCAAAACAGAGAAAAAAUGUGUGGAUGAUCAACCAUUUACAAGAGGCAAGGCAAGCAAAAGGAUAUGACAAUCCAUCUUUUCUUAGAAAAUUAAAAGCUGAUAAGGAAUUUCGGCAGAAAGUAAUGCUAGGAACUCCUUUCCUCGUUAUUUGGCUGGUUGGAUUUAUAGCAGAUCUAAAUAUUGAUUCCUGGCUCAUUAAGGGGCUAAUGUAUGGUGGUGUUUGGGCUACGGUACAGUUUCUUUCUAAAUCCUUUUUUGAUCAUUCAAUGCAUAGUGCAUUGCCCCUUGGAAUAUAUUUGGCAACCAAAUUCUGGAUGUAUGUGACGUGGUUCUUCUGGUUUUGGAAUGAUCUCAAUUUUUUAUUUAUUCAUCUUCCAUUCCUUGCCAAUAGUGUUGCACUUUUCUACAAUUUUGGAAAAUCUUGGAAAUCAGAUCCAGGGAUUAUUAAAGCUACAGAAGAACAAAAGAAAAAGACAAUAGUUGAACUUGCAGAAACAGGAAGCCUGGACCUCAGUAUAUUCUGCAGUACCUGUUUGAUACGGAAACCUGUGAGGUCCAAACAUUGUGGUGUGUGCAACCGCUGUAUAGCAAAAUUUGAUCAUCAUUGCCCAUGGGUGGGUAACUGCGUAGGUGCAGGCAACCAUAGAUACUUUAUGGGCUACCUAUUCUUCUUGCUUUUUAUGAUAUGCUGGAUGAUUUAUGGUUGUAUUUCCUACUGGGGACUCCACUGUGAGACCACUUACACCAAGGAUGGAUUUUGGACAUAUAUUACACAAAUUGCCACUUGUUCACCUUGGAUGUUUUGGAUGUUUCUGAACAGUGUUUUUCAUUUCAUGUGGGUGGCUGUAUUACUCAUGUGUCAGAUGUACCAGAUAUCAUGUUUAGGUAUUACUACAAAUGAAAGAAUGAAUGCCAGAAGAUACAAGCACUUUAAAGUCACAACAACAUCUAUUGAAAGUCCAUUCAACCAUGGAUGUGUAAGGAAUAUUAUAGACUUCUUUGAAUUUCGAUGCUGUGGCCUCUUUCGUCCUGUUAUCGUGGACUGGACCAGGCAGUAUACAAUAGAAUAUGACCAAAUAUCAGGAUCCGGGUACCAGCUCGUGUAGCAACAUCUUUAUCCUCUGACGCAUAUUGCUGAGUGGUGCCUGAAAAUUGUGUCUGUCCACAUCUCUCUCUUACUCGAAUCCACAUCCUUUGAACAAUAGCAUGCUAUACGUAGGGCUAACAGUGAAUUUCACACUUUUUUCCCCCCAGCACUUUUAUUAAUAAAAGUAAACAUGGACAGAACACACUGCCACUGCUGAGAAGAACACAGAUCUUUAAAAAGAAUUUUAAUGGUUCUCUUUGUGGGGAUUCAUAAUACUCAACUCUUUGGUUUUAUUCUCAUAACAUUUUUCAUGGAAAGAGAGUGAACUUACUCUCUCAACAGACAUGGCAUGCUCAUCAGAAAUGUUCAGUUCUAGCUAAAACUAAGUUUUAUAAUGCAGUCUACGGAUAGCAUUGCAUUUAAUUCCAAGAAAGUUGUUUUAAAUUGACUCAGACUAGUAUUAUGUACGUUUCAGAAUGUACGUGUAAAUACUGUGAUGAAAAUCAUGUGGUUUUAUUAGGGAUCUACCAUAAUGUGUCUUUAAAGGCACAAGAAAAUAAUGCUCACCAAAAAAAUGUGCUAACAAUAAUUUAUUGCUGUCAGCUGUUGCAAUGCUGAUACAUUUCUAGUUCAGUGAAAUAAUUUGUGACCUUGCUCUGAGGUUUUAUGGUCUGAUAAAGCACUUGCAUGAGAAUAGUAAGUCAUGUUAUUUUGUUCAAACUGAAAAGCCCUACUAAGUGCAUGAUACACCUCAUAGAAUGUAUACUAGCACAUACUAUCCAGUAAAGCAUAAAUUAGAAUUUAAUUUGGUGUGCAAACAGUUCAAUUUUUAAGAGUUGUAUUUUUAAGGAAAGGAAAAAAUAAGUUAAUGCAAAAUUUUAUCAGAGAUGAGUGGAUAUACUUUUAAAAUUCUGAACUGCAAAAUGUAGGCAAAAUAAUGGAGCUUAGCCAAAAGUGGAGCAUGAUCUCUGUACAUAGCAAUGUGAAUAAAAACCAGUGAUAAAUUCUGGUUUUCUAAAAAUGACCUUUGAGAAAGAAUUUCCAAGAUUAUCUCAACUUUUCUCUCUAUUGAAUGUUUUGAAAUUCAUUAAUACUCUCAGAGAUAAUUUCAGAACGAUUUUCUUGUUACAUGUGAUGCACUGAUCAAUUUUUGUUGCAGCAUUUUCAUACUCUCAUGGAGAACUAUUAGUUCCUGCUUCUAUAAAUAUUGUUUACAAAGUGAAGCUUGGUUUAGUCCUCUUAAGUGCUGUAGUAACUGUGGUUCGAGCAGCCUGUGGGAAACCUGUGAGAGGGAGCGGGCUGGGGGAGGGGGGGAACGGAUGGUCAGACCAUGACAGAUCUUCGACCAGUGUAAAGAUUGUGUAUCUGUAUAUAAAUAAUUUAUGGAAUAGUUUCUUUGUGUCUGUGUUAGUAUAUUUAAAGCUGCUCAUUUCAUUUGAUACAACCAAAAAAGAAAAGGGAGAUAACUAACAAGCUUCUAGUAAUAUUCAAUAUUGCUGUUAAUAGGCAUUAUACCCUGCAAGUUCACUGCAUGUCUGAUGCUUGGUAAAAUUAGUAUUCCCUGUACAAUACAGAUUACAGAUAUUAAGCAAACUAGUGGUAUACCCGCCCCUUGCCUUAGUAAGAGGAGCAGUGAAAAUGUAUAUAGUUGAUGUUCAGUAUUUCCAAGUAUCAUUUUUUUAUAUAGUUUCUUGACCAUAAGUCACACACAUUUAAAGAAAAUUUUAAAAAGAUUACCCUUAGUGUAUGUGAGUGUUUUAAUAUUUAGAAAAUUGGCAUAUGUACUUUAUUUUUGAAAAGGGAAGCAGUGGGUGUGGGGUGGCAAUAGCAUUGUGCCAUUUUGUCAUAGAAUGUAAAAAAUUGGUUAACUUUACAAAUGUCUGCUAGUUUUGACUACUAAUUGGGGGAAAUUUUAGAUAAUUUUUAAAUUCAAAGUUAUUUAUAAAAGGCUAGAAUUUGUUUUAAUUUUUUUGUAUUUUGAGCCACUUCACAUGAAGACUCAGUUGCAAUUUUUAUCAAAUACAUUUGUAUUAACAGUUGAAUACGGUGGUGGUUUUCUCAAGAGUUAAGAGUGUUGUUACCAUUUUCUCCGUAGGGACAAUAUUCUUUUCAGAAUGAAAGAGGUGUCUUUCAGUUAAGUAGGGGGGGAAAACUUUAGCUGUAUUAAUUAAAUGGAAGAAGAUCUGUGAAUGCUUUACACUAACCAUCUCAUUAACUACCACUGAAAUCUAUAACUCAGAACUGGUCCGAUGGUCAGGAGCCAACUAUGCAGCAGUGAACAGACUGUUUAAUUAUUCUGUAGGUUUUGUGUGUGAGAAGCAGGUUAACCCAGUUCUAAACUUGUGUAUGAAGGUGACCCUUUGGGGAGUAGUUCAUGUCAGUCGAUUAAUUGGUUACUUUUAGGGAGUAGAAACUUUUUUCUCAGCUCUGAACAUGAAUUACUACUUGGGAGGUUUUCCCCCCUUCAUAUUUUGGUUGUUUCCAGGAAUUUGAAAUAUUAAUGAUAUAAAGUAGCAUUAUUCUUAAGCUGUGGAUAUUUUUAUUUUAUAUUUUAUUUAUAACUGUGCCAAGUAUUAUUUUGCUACUUAACCGUGUUACUCUGUGGAAAGAAAAACCUGUAAAGUGUUUAAUAAAUUAGCUCUCCUUACAUAAAUUAAAUUGUUAAAAUUUUUAAAAAUAUUAAUCAGAAUAAAUAUUGACUCUUAAGUGUG